AUGGAGUUCCCCUUUUUGGAAGCUGUUAUCGGUUUUAUGAUAUUAAUGUACAUCUUUGAAACUUAUUUGGAUUUGCGCCAACAUACUGCUCUCAAACUUCCAACCCUUCCUAAAACUUUGGAAGGAGUAAUCAGCCAGGAAAAAUUUGAGAAAUCACGAGCCUACAGUCUUGAUAAAAGCCACUUCCAUUUUAUUCAUGAGUUUGUGACAAUACUGAUGGACUCGGCAAUUUUGUUCUUUCGGGUGUUGCCUUGGUUUUGGAAGAGAUCAGGAGACUUUGUGACUUUGGUUGGCCUUAAUGCCGAAAAUGAGAUACUGCAUACACUUGCAUUCUUAGGUGGUGUUAUGAUUUGGUCACAGAUCACUGAUUUGCCAUUCUCUCUGUACUCCACAUUUGUGGUUGAGGCUCGUCAUGGUUUUAAUAAGCAAACAAUAUGGUUAUUCUUCAGAGACAUGGUUAAAGGAAUCUGCCUUGCUGUUAUUCUUGGCCCACCUAUUGUGUCUGCAAUCAUUGUAAUUGUACAGAAAGGAGGUGCUUACCUGGCCAUCUAUCUAUGGGCAUUCAUGUUUGUUCUCUCUCUUGUGAUGAUGACGCUGUACCCUGUUCUAAUAGCUCCACUCUUUAACAAGUUCACACCUCUUCCAGAGGGUGAGCUCAGGCAGAAAAUUGAGAAACUUGCUUCUUCUCUGAAGUUUCCAUUGAAGAAGUUGUUUGUCGUUGAUGGAUCUACAAGGUCAAGUCACAGCAAUGCCUACAUGUAUGGAUUUUUUAAGAACAAGAGAAUCGUCCUCUACGAUACAUUAAUUCAACAGUGCAAAGAUGAUGAGGAAAUUGUAGCUGUUAUAGCUCAUGAGCUAGGCCAUUGGAAGCUUAAUCACACAAUGUAUUCAUUUAUUGCUGUGCAGAUCCUUACAUUUUUACAGUUUGGGGGAUAUACUCUUGUGAGAAACUCAAGUAGUCUGUUUCAAAGUUUUGGGUUUGAUACCCAGCCAGUAAUCAUUGGACUCAUCAUAUUUCAGCACACCAUAAUACCUCUCCAGCACCUAGUAAGCUUUGCUCUUAACCUUGUGAGCCGAUCAUUUGAAUUUCAGGCUGAUGCUUUUGCUAAGAAGCUUGGUUAUGCCUCUGCACUUCGAGCUGGUCUUGUUAAACUACAGGAAGAGAAUUUGUCAGCCAUGAACACUGAUCCUUGGUACUCGGCAUAUCACUAUUCUCAUCCCCCACUUGUUGAAAGGUUGGAUGCAAUCGAUAAACCGGACAAGAAAGCAGACUGA